AUGGCGCUCUCCAGGGCCCGGCAAUGGAACCCUUUGGCGUUUAAUCGCUGGCCGGUUACGGUCAUCAUAACCGUGCUCUAUGUUGCUCUCCUCGUGCCGAUUCUCGUUGUUGAGCAUGUUCUCCCCUCAGCACCGAGCUCGACGGACGCGGGCCCCGAUAUUGAUGAAGCUUGGCUGGAUCUGCAGCAUCUUACUCGCGAGUUUCACCCGUACAAUGCUCAUAACAGUGACGAGGUGCGGAGUUGGCUGUUGACUCGGAUUGAGGACAUACUGCGGGAGAAUAAGAGCCCUUCCUCGUUUGUCGACUCGACAGCAGCAGACCAGUCGCGUCCGCAGGUUUUUGUUUUUGACGAUAACCAAUCGAACUUGACUAUUGUGCAGUCAAACUUGGGAGUGUACUUUGAGGGUACCAACAUUAUGGUUUAUAUUCGUGGCCGAGACGACGAUAAGCGAAACUGGUGGGAAACUCCGGGACUUGAGCCUUCUGGAAGAGGUGGAGUGCUUGUGAAUGCGCACUAUGACAGUGUGGCUACAGGCUAUGGAGCCACCGAUGACGGUGUCGGGGUCGUCUCAUGUUUGCAGUUGAUCAAGUACUUUACCACUCCUGGCCACGAGCCUUUGCGAGGGUUGGUGGUUCUCUUUAACAAUGGCGAGGAAGACUUCCUCAAUGGUGCUCGAGUUUAUAGCCAACAUCCAAUCUCGAAGCUUCCCCACACUUUUUUGAACCUAGAAGGCGCCGGAGCUGGUGGGCGCGCUACACUGUUUCGCACCUCUGAUACGGAGGUGGCCCGUUCCUAUCAACGAUCUCCGUACCCCUUUGGCACUGUCUUUUCAGAUGCUGGGUUCAAGUUGGGUAUGAUCCGUAGUCAGACUGACUAUGUUGUCUUUGAAGGAGACCUCGGAUUGCGCGGUCUGGAUGUGGCCUUUAUGGAACCCCGAGCUAGAUAUCAUACGAACCAAGAUGAUUCCAAGCACACCAGCUUGCAAUCUCUCUGGCAUAUGCUGUCAGCAGCAGUGGCCACAACAGAAGGCUUGGUUUUUGAUUCUAGUGAUGACUUUGAGGGGCGACCUCAAGGUCCCGGAAAGGUUCCCAGUGGAAAAGGCUCUCAAGCCGUCUGGUUUGAUUUGUUCGGCGCCACGUUUGCAGUAUUUGAGCUUCAUACGCUAUUCGCUCUUUCAGUUACUCUAUUGAUUGUUGGGCCGCUAGCACUGUUGAUUACCAGCAUCAUUCUGGCCAACUCGGAUCGGAUGUACUUGUUUGGUAUCUCGAUCUCAGUGGACGAAGGGUUUGAAAGUGUGCCACUACGCGGAUGGAGAGGCUUUACCCGGUUUCCGUUCAUCUUCGUCACGACAACCGCAGGAACUGUAGCGCUGGCUUUCCUGUUUGCAAAAGUCAACCCUUUGAUUGCGCAUAGUAGUGAAUACGCGGUUUGGAGCACGAUGAUUUCCGCAUGGGUUUUCCUAGCAUGGUUUUUAUCGCGCAUUGCAAACUUUGUUCGGCCUUCGGCUUUGCACCGCGUCUAUGUGUUGACAUGGAUGUUCGUCCUCACGUGGGUGCUUCUCGUCGUGGCUACUGUAUUUGAAAACCGAGACGAUAUUGCCAGCGGUUAUUUUAUGAUUUUUUACACGUUUGGCAUAUUCCUAGCCACGUGGAUUUCAUAUUUGGAGCUCUUUGCGCUGCCCAAGAAAAGCGAGUAUGCUAGCCAAUUUGGCGGUCAAGCAUCACGCCGAGCGAGUUCGAGCGCGAGCCGCCUUUUGACGCCCAGCGCUGAGUCUGCUACUAGUCAUCAAGAAGACGAAGGUGAGCCGUCUGAGUCGACGUCACUGUUGAGAGGGCGGCGAACGACUUUUGCAAACUACACUCGGGUUGAGAAUAAUGAAGAUGGGCAAACAACCCCUGGUGAAACCGAGGGCGAGACAGACAUUAUCGUCGAUGCCAAUGUCUAUGGCUUUGAGCAGGGCUGGAGCGCCAAACUGCCGACCUGGACUUGGAUACUACAGUUUCUGUUAAUUGCGCCUAUUGUCAUUAUUCUUGUUGCCCAACUGGGUCUCCUCGUGACAGCCGGCGUACACCAAACUGGACAGGAUGGGAGUUCCGUCUUGUCGACAUAUCUUUUAAUUGCCAUCUUUACGACUCUACUCUUCACGCCUACUCUACCCUUUCUCCACCGGUUUACAUACCACGUGCCGACAUUCUUGUUUUUCGUAUUCACAGCGACUCUGAUCUACAACCUCGUCGCCUUCCCAUUCUCGUCCAACAACCGCCUGAAACUGUUUUUUGUUCAAGAGGUAGACAUCGACACGGGCGUAAAUCACGCAUCGUUGACGGGAAUCCCGCCCUUUGUCCAAGACGCCGUCUCAUCAAUCCCGAGCGCCCACGGGCAAAACACGAGUUGCGUGUGGAAAGCAGACAGAAUGCAGUGCUCUUGGGAAGGACUGACACCACACGUUCUCCUCAAACCUGAUGGGUCGUCGGAGCCACCGAUGGAGGAAUGGGUACGAUACAGCGCGAAACGAGUAACUCGGGAUGACAGCAAAAACAACGACAACAAAAACCACGCACAAAUACAAAUAUCCGGCCUAGACACUCGCGGCUGCAUUCUCACUUUUGAUAACCCUAUAACUACAUUCCAUGUCGCCGGCUCGGCUGUAGACGAAACCCGCUUCCCAAUCAAUAUUACUCCGGAAGGAAUCCAUGAAAUCCGUCUCUGGAGUCGCACAUGGGAGAAUGAGUGGACUGUAGACGUUGAAUGGAAUCCUGACGAUACAAACAAAAAAUUAACCGGCAAGGCAAUCUGCUUCUGGAGCGAUGCGAAUACGCCUGGAUUGAUACCAGCUCUGGAUGAGGUUAUUCAGUAUAGUCCGGAUUGGGUGGCUAUCACAAAGUUGGAGCCUGGGUUGGUCAAGGCGAGUCGGUCGUUUGCAGUUUGA